ACUUGACAAACCGAGGCUCACGCUGUCCACCUUCACCGGAACCGACCCCGACGCAUGGCUUAACCGGGCUGCACAAUACUUCGAGUUGAACGAGACUGAGGGGAACGAGCGGGUACGAUACGCAGCCUACUACCUUGAUGGGGAGGCCAACGUAUGGUGGCAGUGGCUCACAAGCGUCUACCGUAGUCGGCAGCGAGUCAUCACUUGGGGAGAUUUCGAGCGCGAAUUACUCACGCGCUUUGGCAUAUCCGACUACCACAACUACGACGAGGCGCUAUCACGUGUACGACAGACUGGCAGCUUGCGCGACUACCUAAAGGAGUUCGGGCGAUUGGCAUGUCGCGUGCGAGGAUGGCCCGAGACUGCAUUAGUCGGUACGUUCAUAGGAGGGCUGAAGUUCGACCUAGCCGCUGAGGUGCGCUUAGAGCUACCAGAAUCAAUGCACGAGGCUAUGGAGGUUGCUCGACGCCGAGAUGAUCAUCUAGUAGCUACACGAAGGGGACGGUAUGACACACGCAUUCCCGAGGCGCAACGCACACAAACGAGCACGGGCACUAUGAUUUCGAGCAAUCGACCGCCCGAUAGCUCUCAACCACAAGUCCCGGAGGUCAAGCGUCUGUCGCUUGAAGAGAUGAGGCAUCGGCGUGAGAAAGGUCUAUGCUACAAAUGCGGAGAAAGUUUCACCCCAGGCCAUCAAUGCAAACGACUUUUUCUGAUCGACGUCAUUGAAGAGGACGAGGAAGAAGCCUAUGAGGACCAACCGACGCAGCAAGUUAACGAAGAUUUGGAGAUCUCGGUUAAUGCAAUGGCAGGCCUACAGGGACCGAGAACAAUCCGACUGCCCGCCAAGAUCAAGGAACGGCCAAUCGAGGUACUAGUCGACACUGGCUCAUCGCAUAACUUCAUUUGCGACCGAAUACCUAAGGACUUAGAGCUCAAGGCAACGAAAGUGGAACCGUUCGAUAUAAGGGUUGCCAAUGGAGAGCGGCUAAGAUGUCACGAAUAUUAUCGAGAAGUGCCCAUCAACCUGCAAGGUGAGAUCAUCAAAGCCGACCUCUAUGCACUACCUAUUGUGGGGCCCGAGAUAGUUCUUGGAAUUCAAUGGCUUGAAGGACUUGGAGAAGUCACGAUGAAUUACAAGAAAGGCAUAAUGGAAUUCUACUCGGGAAGCCGACUCAUCAUGUUAAAAACCGAAUUGAAAGGAAAAGGUCGAGAAGCCGAAAUGAGGAGUUUGGAAAUAGCUUCGAUCCUUGAGGACAAGGAUGUGCUUAAAGGGGGCGGGAAUGAUGCGGAAGUGGUGAUCGAGCCCGGAGAACACGAGGGUUGGACAGGCGUAGCUGAUGGGCGAAUGGGCGAGAGACGCGCAUCGGGUGGUGAUGUGCGGGC